AGACCUCCACCAGAUCCUAAAAAUCUUGUCAAAAAAUCACCAGUAGUUACUAUCAUGGGACAUGUUGACCAUGGGAAGACAACUCUAUUAGAUUAUCUAAGGAAAUCCAAUGUUGUGGAUCAAGAAUUUGGUGGUAUCACUCAACAUAUUGGUGCUUUUUCUGUGAAAUUGGAAUCUGGAGAGCAGAUUACCUUCUUAGACACACCUGGUCAUGCUGCAUUUAGUGCAAUGAGAGCUCGUGGUGCUGAAGUUACAGAUAUUAUUGUAUUAGUGGUAGCUGGUGAUGAUGGAGUUAUGGAGCAAACUGUAGAAUCUAUUAAUCAUGCUCGAAGUGCUGGAGUUCCCAUUAUUGUUGCUGUAAAUAAAAUGGAUAAACAUGAUUUUGAUUUGAAAAGAACCACGAAAAAGUUAUUAGAACAAGAAAUUGUAACAGAAGAAUUUGGUGGUGAUAUACAAGUUGUACCUAUAUCAGCAUUGAAGGGAACCAAUGUUGAUCAAUUACAAGAAGCUAUUGUGGCCUUAUCUGAGAUAUUAGAUUUAAAAUGUGAUCCUGUUGGAUUAGUGGAAGGUAGAGUCAUUGAGUCAAAAACAAUACCAGUUAGAGGGAAAGUUGCCACUGCAUUAAUACAGCGAGGUACAUUAAAGAAAGGAAGUUUUCUCGUUGCUGGGACUACAUAUGCAAAAGUACGAAGUAUGUUAGAUGAAAGUGGUAAACUGAUGAUGGAAGUAUCACCAUCAAUACCUGUAGAGAUAAGUGGUUGGAAAAAUUUACCGUCUGCUGGAGAUGAGAUAUUACAAGUGGAAUCUAAGAAAAAAGCUGAAGAAGUUGUGGAAUAUCGACUGAAGAAAGAGCUAGAUAUAAAAGGGGAUGAAGAACAGCCUGUUAUAAAUAUGAAAAGAUUGGAACAUGAUAUAAGACAUCGAGCUGUCAUUGCUGAUAUCAAAGCAAGAGGUUUUAAUAAGGCCAGACAUCAUGAGACUAUGAGAGAGAUUGUGGUAGAUUCAUAUGAAGGACCUGAACUUUCACUUGUUUUAAAAGGUGAUGUUCAUGGUUCUUUACAAACAAUACUAGAUUUAUUACAAACAUACCAAUCUACUAAAUGUCGUUUGAAUAUCUUACAUGAAGGUGUAGGAGAUGUUACAGAACUUGAUGUAGAGAGAGCCCAUGCUUUUAAUGGAAUUGUGUAUGGUUUCAAUGUUACUGUACCAGCUGCCAUACAAUAUAUAGCUAAUCAGUUAUCAGUGCCUUUAUCAGUCCAUCAAGUUAUUUAUAAGUUAUUUGAUGAUCUGUUAGAAAGACUCAAUGAAAGAUUACCUGUUAUAAAAGAAGAAGAAACUAUAGGUCAAGCUACAGUUAAGAAAGUAUUUCAAUUUAAAGAUGGUCAUAAGAAAGUGAAAGUUGCAGGAUGUUUAUGUACUACAGGAGCUAUAGAGAAAGUUAAACCAGUUAAAUUGAUUAGGGAUGAUGAAGAAGUGUAUAGAGGUCAGAUUCAAACAUUAAAAUAUUUUAAAGAUGAGGUUCAGACAAUAAAAGCUGAUAAAGAGUGUGGUAUAUGUUUAAAUGAUAACUCAGUAAUGGUAAAAGAAGGUGACAUUAUACAAUGUUUUAAUGAGCUUGAGUUACCACAAUAUAUUGAUUGGAAUCCCGGAUUUUGA